UCCACACGCAGCGGGUCCUGAAAGCGGCUCCGGGGCGGCGCGGUGGCGCACUGUGCGCGCCGAGCAGGCGGAGGGCUAGCGCCGGCGGCAGGAGCGUCAGCGUGGACAGUCAAAGCCGGCAGUGGCUUCAUCUCAGCACCGACAGUCCCGGCGGCCUUGGUAGCGGGGGCCCUCCGGCUCCCUCCUCAGUCCCUCGCUCCUCGCCUGGGGCGGGCGCGGCGCUGUCCCGGAAGAGGCUUCUGGAAGGCAGUCCGAGGAGACCCCGAGGGCGGGCAGAGGGCUCGAAGAGUUGGCCGGCGUGAGGCAGAGAGCCAGACGAGAAGGAGCCGGUCGCGGUUGUCCCCAUUCCUGGUCCCAGCGAUGGGGGAACGGCGGGGGCCGCGGGAACUUUGAAGGCAACGGGUUCCAGGGUUUGAGGCUUGCCAGCUCCUGCGGAACUCCGGCGGCUCUCGGCCACGCCAGCAGAGGCGGAAGCAUCUCUGAGCCCACCGGGGCCCCUGUGCGGCUAGAGAAGUUCUUUGCAACUUCGUCCCAGACGGCUGAGAGCCAGUUGCAGAGAGGCUGAGGGGGCAAGUCGGAGCCCCAGGGACUCAGAAAAGCAGAGAGAGAAAGGACCUGGAGGAGACGGAGGGAGCGAGGAGGGAUCCUAGAGCAGCGAGGCCGCGGAACCAGUCUGGCAUCCCGCGAGCCUCGCUGCUCCCUGAGUGCAGCUAAGGACCGUGUGCUCCGGUGGCCUUUGCUCAGAACAGCUCCUGCCGGGGAUAGGGGGCUCCUAGUCGACCUGGAGGUGGGCCCCUACGCUAUGUGCCCGAAGCCGCCGGUGCACUGGCCGCAGCUACCCGCGGCUGGGCCGGGAGCCGCCGCUUGAGCCAGCCAGGGAACGAAGCCGGCAGAGUUGGGCGCCGGCUCCCAGACUGUGCUAGCGCUGUUUCCCGCCUCUGCGCAGUACUCUACAAUCUUUGGCAGGGAGACUCUGAGAGUGACCUCAGGUUCCGGCGGUGUUUUCUGCUCGGCUCGCACGGUGCCCGGCCUGGUGGCGUGGUUCCCUAGCCGCCCUGGGCAGCCCCUUGGCGCCGGGAGGCGGAGGCGUGGGCCGGCCUGCAGUCUGGAGCGCCCCGAUGGAAAUACACUGUAAGCACGACCCGUUUGCAUCCAUGCAUAGACAUGGAGGAGUGAAUCAGCUUGGGGGGGUUUUUGUGAAUGGACGGCCACUCCCGGAUGUAGUCCGCCAAAGGAUAGUGGAACUUGCUCAUCAAGGUGUCAGGCCCUGCGACAUCUCCAGGCAGCUUCGGGUCAGCCAUGGUUGUGUCAGCAAAAUUCUUGGCAGGUAUUAUGAGACAGGAAGCAUCAAGCCUGGGGUAAUUGGAGGAUCCAAACCAAAGGUUGCUACGCCCAAAGUGGUGGAAAAAAUUGCUGAGUACAAACGCCAAAACCCCACCAUGUUUGCCUGGGAGAUCAGGGACCGGCUGCUGGCAGAGCGAGUUUGUGACAAUGACACAGUGCCCAGCGUCAGUUCCAUCAACAGGAUCAUCAGGACAAAAGUACAGCAGCCUCCCAACCAGCCAGUCCCAGCUUCCAGUCACAGCAUAGUGUCCACGGGCUCUGUGACACAGGUGUCGUCGGUGAGCACAGACUCAGCUGGCUCUUCAUACUCCAUCAGCGGCAUCCUGGGCAUCACGUCCCCCAGUGCUGAUAACAACAAGCGCAAACGAGAUGAAGGUAUUCAGGAGUCUCCAGUGCCGAAUGGUCACUCACUUCCGGGCAGAGAUUUCCUCCGGAAGCAGAUGCGAGGAGACCUGUUCACGCAGCAGCAGCUGGAAGUGCUGGACCGAGUGUUUGAGAGACAGCACUACUCAGACAUCUUCACCACCACGGAGCCCAUCAAGCCUGAGCAGACCACUGAGUACUCAGCCAUGGCCUCGUUGGCUGGAGGGCUGGAUGACAUGAAGGCCAACCUGACCAGCCCCACCCCUGCCGACAUUGGGAGCAGUGUACCAGGCCCACAGUCCUACCCCAUUGUGACAGGCCGUGACUUGGCGAGCACAACCCUCCCCGGGUACCCUCCGCACGUCCCCCCCACCGGACAGGGCAGCUACUCAGCGCCUACGCUGACAGGGAUGGUGCCUGGGAGUGAGUUCUCUGGGAGUCCCUACAGCCACCCUCAGUAUUCCUCAUACAAUGACUCCUGGAGGUUCCCCAACCCGGGGCUGCUUGGCUCCCCCUACUAUUACAGUGCUGCUGCCCGAGGAGCUGCCCCACCUGCAGCUGCCACUGCCUAUGACCGUCACUGACCCUCGGAGCCAGGCAGGCGCCAAGCACUUAUGAUACAUAUCAUUAAGGGAGAGAACCUCCCCAGCACCCCAAGACAGCCGUAGGGGUGUCCAGCAAGACCAUCCCCCAGCAACUCCUCCACUCACCCGAAACUCCUUCCUUCCCCUUUUCCUGCCAGGGAUUCAGGUUCUCUGGUAGGGCUACUGACUUACGGAACCUUGUCCAUUUCAAGAGUCAGUCGAUGAGCUUCUCCCGGUGGUGACAGGGUUUCUGGAAACCAGCAGAAUGUGCUGCAGACCACUUCAGCCCAGCACAGCUGCCAGUCCCCCACUGCCUGGCUACCUGUGCGCCCUGGCUGCUGCAGCCUGGGGAGGAUAGCCAGCUUUUGUUACUUCAGCAGCACCCCUGUAAAUACCUUCCUGCUUGUCUGUGGGCCUGAAAAGCUGACUUAGCAGACUGUCAGCCCCACAAUGCAUCUUACACUCACUAGUGCAUCACAGGACACCUUUGGCCUGUGCGCAGAAUGUCCCCUCCACCCUGCGUGCCCCGUCAUGGGAGCUCGAAGCUGUCCUUGAGACUGAGGGUGGGGCCCCAGCCUCCUACUCACCCCUACUGCUCUAAUGUCUUGACCUGGAGUCUCACUGGACAGAUUGUGCUGUGAGCCACCCCUGAGAUUCCUCCAGGAAGAAAACACUUUGGAGAGAUGCCCUGGCUUCUUGUCUCCAUUUCCUUGGGGCCACUGAAGUGUGAGCAGCUCCUUUCCAGAUCAAAGGACUCAAAAGAGAACUGUCUGGGAGAUUCUUCAGCUGCUGUUCUACAGUAAGAGAUCAUCCAAGUGUUGAUUGCAUCGUGGACUUUGAAUGUCACGGCUGGAUAGGAUCAGAAGAUCAUCUGAUCCAAGCCAGGGAGGGGCCUGAGGCUCUCCUGACCCCCUCCGCCCCUGGAACCGCUGAGCUGAACUGGAAUGUUUUCUGAGGCAUGUCCAGGUUCAUAUCAUUUUGGAAACCCACCAUGGACACUUCACCCACCCUCCAGGACCCCAGCAAGUGGAUUCUGAGCAAAUUUGUCCCAGUGAUAUAGACAGUGAUUAGCAAAAUGGACCUUCCCCUGCACCAGGGACCACAGCAUCCUACAACGGUCAGCUAGAACCUGAGUUUCCACUUGGGGUAGCCCUCUGCGUCCUCACCGAGGUGGGCCUGUCCCUGGGCACAGAGGUGCUGGGGUUGAAAACACUUGCUUAACUUCACACAGUGCAGACCUUCCCGUUGAUACAGGGGCUGGGAUGGUCAGGGCUAUGGCCAAGGACCACAGGAGCUCAGAGAGGGAACGUGGGGGAGCUCAGUGCGGGCUAGGCUAGUCUGAGGAAUUCAGCGGGGAAGACUGGAGAGACAGCAGAAGGCUUCCUAGGGGAGGGGCAGGACAAACAGGAACACGUGUGUGACUUGGGAGUGGUUUUGAGAUGGGAGUACCGGGUGCCACCCUCGUUGCACCUGGGGCUUCAGUCCCUUGCAUGGUCUCUCUUGCCAACUCAGAACAACCAGAUGGAGCCCCCAUCCAAGCCUGGGCUAAGUUACAGCAAUGACAGCAGGCUCAGUCAUCUCAUGUGACAGUGUCCUUGCCAUUCUUGUCCUGGCUGUAGCUCUGCCGUACUAUAGGAUCUCAGGCAAGACCUUUAAGUCUGAGCCUCGGCUGCUUUGGUACAGCAGGUUUACCAGACAGUUUUCUCCUCUUCUUCCCAGAGAGGUGGGAUAUUAAUCUGGAGAAGGCUUUCCACUUCUGAACAAGCAUUUGGGAGCAGGCAUCUGAGUCCUGCUAAUGUUUGGCUCCAGGGGGAAAUAAGAAUACCUUGAGAGGUGGAUAUCAGAAGCACCUUGGGCAAAGGCCUCCCCUAGAGGAAACUGAGGCCCAGCUUGGGGAAAACCAGGUCUAUGCCGGGGAAAAACAAGCCUCCUCUGGUCAUCUCCAAGUGUUUUUGGUCCUCAGCAUCCCCACAGGGUACCGGGGCAGAAGAGGAUACCGAGGCUCAGCAAAGCGGUGUCUCCAAGCAGUGACUGACAGAGAUAGAGCUGAUAGAAACUGACAGAGAUAGGGACUCGGGCCCCUGCCUUCUAACAUACGAUGGCCAUCAUCACCUGCAUCUAUAUAUCUCCUACUCAUGGUAGAGAGGUUGACAGUGAGGGCAGUGGGAGGGGGUUCUGGGCCCAGUUUUCCGGCCUGAGUGCCUGGGCCUGUGAGAACUUGGCAUGUAGUCCCAGUCACCCAGAGAAGAGGUGGGGCUGAUGAGGGUAUGGCGUGCAUGCCACUCCUCUGGAAUCUGCUAGGCAAAGAGGGAAGGUGGCUGGUGCCAGAGCCCAGCCAUGGGUGCUGAGAUGAGCUGGCUCCAGCCCCACCUGCUGGGCCAGGUAGGAGAAGGAUGUUCCUUGGCUCCUACCUUCCUCUCUCUCCCAGGAAGUGGGGGGACUGGUGAUCCCCAGCACAGGCUCUUGGGCCUCUGUUCCCUGCCACCCCUCUGCGAAUGAGAUGUACCACAUCUUUGGACCCUGGCUUAUCCUUGUGCAUUUAGGCUUUGGGAGGAAGUCAGCCUCCCUCGAGCCAGGUGCCUAAGGCACACACCAUCCUUCCUCAGCAAUCCCACCCCACACUGGCCUCUCCCCAUCCUACCCUGAUUUCACCCCAUAAUGAGCUCCCUCCGUGCUUUUUCUCUCUCGCUUGAGGCCUUGCUUGUCCUCGAUGGGAUUUGUAUUUAUUAGAAACUAUGUGAAGCACAGGAUUACACAGAUGUACAUGGAUGUUCUCACACAUGCACACCUGCUCUCAGAGAUGCCUGGGACUUGAUGAGGAGAGUUCCAAAGGGCACAAGCUGUUGAGUAGAUGCCAGAGAAUUCUGAAUGGAAAGCCUGAGCCUGGGACUUCACCAGCAUCAUGGGAGGCAUGGGGGCAUUCCUCCACUGGCCUUCAGCCCUAUGUUCCAGCUCUGACUUUUUGAAAAAGGAUAUUUUCAUACCAUUUGUCUAGUUCCAAUAUGGAAAAAUUUGAAGACAUAUCAAACCCACCUUCCCUUUCCCAAGGCACCCUGGUUAGGGUUAGCGCUUUCAUAACUGACAUUGGAUAGUGCUUUGGAAUCCUCCACCAACUUGUGGGGCAAAGAUCCUAAUGCUCGUUUUACAGGCGAGGAAAUUUGAGGUCCACCAGUUACAACAGAGAUGCAAUGAAUUCGAAGAUCUCCAGGCUCAUUGUGCCCCACCCUUACCCAAGGCCUGUGAUCCUGUCAUGAGAGUCUAUGGCUCGGAGGCACCCAUCCCUCAAUCCUCCAGGAAUCACCAGACCCACAAUGAAAAAAGAAAGAACAGGGCCCAGAGGCUGGCUUGAUGGUAGGGACUAAGGGUUGGUGGCCUGCUGGUCCAGCUUGAUUCUUAUUAACACUGAGACCUGCAGUCUUCGCUCAAAUUCCCACCAACACCUGAAACUUGCAUCCAUACUCUCCUCCUGCAUCCUGGAGCUCAGAGGGGUCAGAGCCUGUCCAAACGUACACCAUGACCCCUGGCAGGACCCAGAUGUGGCCUGGCUCUGGCUCCCAGAGGGCAGAGUGCCUGUAUCAUGAGCUGUCCCCAUACUCCUCUUUUCUCUGCCCUUUCCACUUUGAAACAGACUGUGACAGUGUACAGGAAUGCCUGAGUGAGGUCCUCAGGAUAUCCAUGGGCCCAGAAAAGAGAGUUCACAACCUCAUGAGCUCUGACCGAACUGCUUCCCAUCCAGGCAGCUUGCCCCUGGGCAGAGCAUGAGGCAGCCUGGUAUUGUGGGGCCUGAGAACCCAGAAGUGGAUUUACAACUUUUAAAACAAUGUCAGCUAAAAACAAAUAUGUCUAUUGGCCACACCUGACCUGCUGGCCAUCAGUUUAUGACACCACCAACCAUCACUGUGGAAUGUCUCCUUCCUCACCUCCUUGUCCUUUGUUGCACAUUUGGAGGAGAUGCGAGCCUAGAAGGGUGAGUGAUGCUUCUGAUUGUCCACGAAGUCAGUCCAGAAACAGGCAAAAACAGGCCCUGCUCCUCUCCCAGGUCUCCUCCUGGGCUCCUGCAACUUGUUUGGGCCUUAAGGGAGCUGAGGGUAGAACAGCAGAGAUGGUGGGCUGUGGGUAACUGUUGGCUCUUAAGGGAAGUAAGUGCUGCUGCAGCCCGUUUCCUAAAGCCCCAGAUGUGGCCUCAGGGCACUGAGGGUGGAGAUUCCUGUAUAAGGAGACACACUGCAGAGUGACUGGCUUGCCUUUGGCAGCCUUGAUUCCAGCCUCCUGCUUGUGGAUGACAUUUCAGCUAGAAUUGAGCUCCAAGCUCUGGAGCAAAUCUUAAAAACAAACCAAGCACUCUAGACAUAUACUUGGAAGCAAGCUCUAUCUGAGAUGCAGCAUCACAGCAAGGUAGAGAAAACCCAUACCUGGGCUAAGCCACGCCUGGGCUAGAGUGAGUCAACCUCCCAGGAUGCUGGGUUAGAUCAGCUCCACAGCACCCCUGCCGCGGUGCUGGCUCCGAGGCCCGGGCCUUGUCACCUCUCUGGAGUCUGCCUCUGAUGGUUUCCAGGCACACACACUGGUGCUCCUGGUGAAUUUAUUCCUUUAGUUCUUUGGCCUUGGAGAAGUCCAAGACAAGUGCAUUUCUUAAAAGGUAACAAAAUACAUGAUUGGAAAGUUGGACAGUCAGGCCAUGACUCCUAGCCUGCAGGCUGCCCCACCUCCUGGCAGCCCCUUCGGCCCCUUGUCCCCUGUUGUCCCCAGACCUCAGGAUUCCCUCUUGCAUAUUCAUGGGGGAGCCACAGCGUUGAUCUACACUUCCCUGCUGUCAGAUCCAGCUGCACCUCAAGUGGCAACCAGGUCCCCAGGGGCUGGCUUCAGAGGACACAGUGAGUUCCCUGCGCAUGUGUGUCUGAUGAGGCUGCAGCUUCUCUGAGGUGGGCUGCUGUCUGGGAACGAGCAGAUACCAGUCUUUCUUUUCAUUCUCUGGUAUUUCCUUGGCGCUUGGGCCCUAUUCCCGAUGCCUCAGGAUUGAAGGGGACCUGAGAAUCAUGUUACUGCUGUUGGAGAGUUUCGCUCCAGGGAGUCCUGUUUAGCUCAUCUCCAAAUGGGAGGUAAACAUAGCCCCCUGCAUUAAAUCUAGACAUUCGUAUUCCUCCUGAGCAGUACCAGGAGAAAGCACACCUGCCUUUCUCUGCCCAGAUUCCCAAGUGGAGCCGGGCUCAAGCAAUGCCCUUGGCCUGUGGCAGGAGAGACAGCCGGUGGCUCUAAGCAUGGUACGGGGGGAAACAGGUGAAACAAAGGGGAAGGGGACUUGGCAGUUCUGUAUCCCCUUCCCGGACUUUGAGCCUGGUUGGGGGCCACACUGUACCCUCACCUGGUUCUACUGACCCUGAGGCUGGGGCCACUGAGCCUCCCUUGUCCCCCAAAUCACUAUGCCUGUGGCCAUGUCCCUCCUCUUCUCCGUAAGCGCCAUUAAGAACAAGUGAUUUUGGAUGAUGGAUUUUUGAUUUACAAAUGGUGCAUUUCCCUUGGAGUGGAACAGAAAGGAAACCAUUUAAUGGCUCCCUUAUUUUCAAGCAUGAAUACAUUUUAAUGAAACUACUUUACUGUAUUUGAGGAAAUAGAGUCGAACAUUCCAACCAAUCAAUAGAGAAUUAAUUGCUAUAAAGCUAAAAAGAAAAUAAAUAAAUCUCAAGUCUAUCUUAAACACCCUGCAAAGCUCAGAGCCUCAGAAUCUGGCCUUCCCCUUCACAAAGUGUGCACACGAGUGUGUGCACAAGGCACACACACAUCUACACCUCAGAAUUACUUGAAACUCAGAAAAAGUGCUGAGUCUCCUCAUGCCAAUUCUUGCCUGCUGUCCUUACCUUUGGUCACAGAAAGCAAGCAGACCUGGCAGCAGACUCUCCUGGGGCUCAGGAAGAGGCAGACCUGGGCCCUGGCCCUAAGCCACCAGCACAGUGUGGGGUGGUGGGCAGUGACGGCCUAGCUUUGGUGGGGCCCCACUUCUCCAGCCCAGCCACUGGGCCUCCCAUGUUGGGCUGAGGUUGGAAUUCUGAGUCUGAUUUGGCCCUGAUGCCUGCUGGAAGAUGCUGCCCUGGUUUUUCACCCUUUAGUGGCCUUUGGACAUUGAGUAUUUGUAGAAGUGCAGAUUGUAUUGCAAAUGGAACUCUCUGCUAGGAAAACACAUGGAUUUUGCUUUUCAUUCUUUGAGACAGUUGAUUUUGUCUUAGGAACUGAAUUUCCAGCAUCAAAGAAAUACAUAUCUACUGUAUCCGCCAAAGUUUGUGAUGCCUGCAUAGACGCUUACUUGUAAAAAAAAAAAAAAAAAA